GAAAAAGUUUUAAAUUUGUAACAAAGUCUAUUCACCCCCCCUCUAGACUUUGUAUCUCACCACUUUGGGACCACCAAUUGGUAUCAGAGCGAACUUCUCACUAUCUACGUUUAGAUUAACGAGAAGCGAUCAUAAUGGUGAACAAUAUGGAUCACGGUUUGCCCAAUGUUUCUCUUCUAGGUUAUGAUGAUUGGAAGAUCAUGAUUGAAGCACAUCUCUACGCUCUACAUGACUACAUGUGGAUGCCCAAAGAAAAAUGGGAUGAUAGAGAUUGCAAAAAGCACAAUCUGGACAACGUCGCCAAAGCAGCCAUCUUCAAGACACUUGAUCCCAUCACCUUCUCCAAGAUUAAGCAUCUCAAGACUGCCAUGGAGAUAUGGCAAGGUCUUGGGAAGCUAUGUGAGGGAUCAGAGGACUUAAGAAAGCAGAAGAUAGAGGUCCUGCUUGAGAAGUUCAAAAGCUUCAAAAUGCUUCCCGGAGAAUCAUUUGAUAUGUUGGAUGAAAGGUUCCACAAAAUCUUAAAUAAUCUUGCAUCACUUAACCACGUUCUUUCUCCCAAAGAAAAGAAUGUAAGGUUGCUGAGAUCACUUCCAACCGAGUGGUACACCAAAGCCACAGCCAUGGAAGAAGGAAGAAACCUGGAAAACUACACUGUCCAAGGUCUUCUUGAUGAGCUCAGAACCUAUGAGCACGAGCUGAAGAAGAAGAAGGAAGAAAAAGUCACUCCCUUCCCUACGGCAUUGAUGACAACUCCAAGAGUCCCAUCAAGUGAAGGGACAUGCACAAGAAACUGUGACACACCUUCCUCCAGCCAGCCGUCAAGCUCAAAAAUGGAGAACUACGAUGAGGAAUUUGCCAUGAUGGUCAAACAAUUCCGGAAGUUCAAGAAGUUCUUCAAGAAGGCUGACUCAGUCAGAAGGCCAUCCAAGGGAAAGCCACAGGUAAGUGACUCCCCUCCUGAAUCUUAUUUAUGUUAUAACUGCAGAAAGCCUGGCCACUGGAAGUCAGCAUGCCCGUACCCUAAGGUGGAAAAGUACGGAGAAAGAGAAAGAAACGAGAAGAAAAAGAAGGCAAUGGUUGCUGCUGAAAGUGACGAGUCAUCCAGCUCAAGCUCAGAUGAAGAAGCCCUCGUCUGCAUGGAGCGGAGAGUUGAGAAGUCCAACCAUGAGGAUAGGUGGACAAUGUCAGAAGAUGACACUCUCUGCCUAAUGGCCAAAGAUGAUGCUGAUCAAGAGGUAACUUCACAAACCUCCUGCUCAUCUUCUUAUGAAAGCAUACCAACUUCUGAAAAUCUUUUUGACCAGUUCAAAAAGAUGAUGGAAGACUUUGAGGAAAUAAAUCUCAAACAUUCAUCCUUAACAGAGGAGAACAAACUAUUGUGUGAAGAGAAUCUUAAGUUGACUGAAGGUCGGAAAAGUCAACUGGAUGAGAUCACUCAACUCAAGACUGAAAAUGAAUCUCUCUCUGAAAAGGUGAAAUCCCUUAACAAAGAGCUAGGGAUACUUAAGUCCAAAGAAGCAGUGGACAAGCUUCUUGAAACGACCAAACAAAAGGGUCGUGAAGGACUUGGGUUUGACCCCUCUAGUUCCAAAAGGAAAGGGAGAACAACCUCCAUCCCUCCUAAACCUACUGCCAAACCGAAUAAGCAGAAAGGAAAGGAAAAGGAGAAACCAACAGAAGUUCCCAAAAAGGUAGUCCCUCCUAAGAACUAUAGGAAGCUGGACAGACCUCAAAGAGGAAAUAAUUUCAGAAGAAAACCUUCUAACCCCCACUAUACACGAGGCUAUACUCAUUAUGGGGUAAAUAUGAGUUUUCCAAGAAAUUCUGAGUGGAGAACUAUGCCAAGAUAUAGUCACCCUCCACCCCAGAAACUAUUUGUGCCACCUAAGUAUGCUUAUAACCGUCACAGGGACAUGGCAUCUCUCAAGAACAUCUCCACAAAUGAAGUCAUUCUCACUAGGAAGAGAAUCAGAAACAUCUAUGAAGUAAUGUGGGACAAUGUCAAGGAAGCAUGUCUAAUCAGCAAAGGUGACACUAACCUUCUAUGGCUUUGGCAUAAGAGGUUGAGUAAUCUCAACUUCAAAACUCUCAACAAGCUGUCCAAAGAAGGAUUAGUAGAAGACAAGGAUGAAGAAGUUAAUGAAGCAGAUAGAAUGAAGCCCACGGAGUUCAUUCCAUUCAGAAGUCUACCACUGAAGACUUCACAGAGAAAUCCGGAUUCAGACAAUGCUGAGCGUACCAAAAAUUUUGGCCAGCCUUCCAAUAUUCCGGAUCUCUCAAAUGGCGACUCAGUACCAAUCCAUCCGGAAACACCAACAACUUCUAUUCUUCAACCAGAAGCUGAACUAGAUCAGCCAGUCAAUCCCAAUCAAAACAAUCUUCGUUGGCAAGCUCCUUCUGGCCCAACGAAGAAAGCAGAUCUGAACAACGACUACAAGUUAGUUUUGGAACUGGUCAUCGCUUGCCUCGAGUGUGGAAGUGGAGGUCAUGCCGAUGACAUCACGCAGGAGAGAGCCUUCAUCAUCAACGCUCUCAUUACCAAAUCUAAAGUAAAUUGGGCUGCACACUUCUUCAAAUCCAUCUCAAAACAUCUGGGAAAGCACAAUCAGAAGUACCUUUGUCAAGGUCUGUACAUUGGACAUAUUUUGGAGUCUAUGGGUGCUGCUUCUAAAGGAAAGAAGUAUGAAGAAAGAUAUUGGUUAUAUUAUCCCUCUCCAAGUGUUGAAGCACCACAGAACCUUGCUUUGGUCAAUCUUGAAGAAGUAGAAGAAGUCUCUGACCAAGGAGAACUUCAAAGGAAGAAGAAGAGGAAAAUCACCUCUCCUUCAACAUCUAGAAAUGUCAACUCGGAUAAGUUGAAGGAGAAGGAACUUGCUGAGGAAACCUCUGCCCAAAACCGGAGUCCUCAACAACUUGAAGAAGAAGAAAUUCCUCAAGUCCAAAGUCUUCCAACCCCCUCACCUCAACCUCAAACAGAUGAUGCUGAUAACCAAUUCUGGCAGCUCUACUAUGAUUGGAGAGCCUGGAAAGUUGGAAAUUCAGCAGAGCAAUUGUUGGAUUGGGACCAACAACUGAAGAAUGAGAAGAUUAUCAAGAAGUGCUUAGGAAUACCAGUCAACCACAGCUGUGAACAAAUUUUGGAUGACCACUGGGUAUGGCAAAGGAACCAUGAAGACUUGCAUCUGGAGUACCUGGUCGACACACCAGCUUCAGAAUUUGAAGUGGAUGAUGAGGAUCCUGCAGUCUACAAGCCAGUCUUCUCAAGAGCCACAGCAGAACAGGUGGUUCUCACAUCUGAAGCACAAGCUGACUUGGAAGCAACAGCUGAGGAGUUCCAAAUAUUUCCGGAAACCUCACCUGCCUUUGAAACGGUUCUGACUGAAGCUGUCCAGGAGAAUGCAGCUUCUCCCUUACAAGAGCAGAACAAGAAAACAGCAAAAGAAGAGGAAUUUCAGCAACUAAUCCAAUCUCAAGUUUUAGAGACUCUCACAACUCCUUGUGAGAUCUCCAAUCCUACUGAAACUGAGAUCCCGGAGAAGUCAGCAGAAAUUCCGGAGCAGUCAACUUUUCCAGAAACAAAUGAAGAGGAGCAAGCCGUAGAAGUCCAAAGGAAUUCUGGAGAAGCUGAGAAGGAAACUCAAAUGGCAGAACUGGAAGUUUCUAAAACUCCAAUAGCCACUUUUGAAGAGCAGAAUGAAGCUGAAGAAAGAGACUCCCUCUCUAGGGAUAUAUCAAAUUUUAUCCUUGAUGAAGCAGAGGAAGAAUCUGAAAGAACGCUGAGUAUCAAUGAUGAAGAAGAUGUGCAAGAAAAUGCUCAGUCUCUUCCUAUGCAACUCUUCCAAAGAACACCAUCUUCUCAUCAGGUAACCAACUUUCAUUUUCAUAGCUCUUCCACCCCUACACUUCCGGAUGAGAUACCGGAAAUCUGGACAAAGAAGGUCCAAGGGCUGAUUGAAUCAGCCCUAGCAUCUCAACAUGCCUCCUUUAGGCAAGAGAUAGAGCAAAUGGAAGUCAGGUACACCAAGCUGAUAAAGAAAUCUGAAGAGAAACACAGCGCAGAUCUCAAAGAAAUAAGCAAGUCAGUGCACAAGACUCUAGAGAUCAUCUCUCUAUUGAGUAAAACUGUGAGCAACACGAUGGAGACAUAUGCAUCUGACAGUUAUCUUCAACUCAAGGAUGUUGACAAGAUCAAAGAACAAAUAGCAAAUGUCACCGUCAGCCUACAGAAACAAUUGUCCCUUCUCCAAAUGGACAUCAGAUCAGCCCUGGCAGUAUCUUCAGCAAAUCAGGUAGUGACCAAAGACUACUUGAAGGUGAUCAUUGACAAUCAGAAGGAAGCAUUCAAACUAUUCAGACUUCUUGGCGCAAAGUCUGGAAAUCGCAAGAUGGAAGUGAUUCUUCAACAACACAGUCCAUCCUUGAUACCAGAACUCCCCAUUGCAGUCAAAGAAGGAGAAGUCUCUUAUAUCCCUUCUCAUCUGAACAUGACUAAUCUAAUCCUUGAAGCACAGCAAAGAAAUCCGGAGAACUCAGCACAGCACCUAUCCAGCUCAGGAUUGGAUGGAACAGAGGCUGUAGGAACAAUUGCUGCUCAUUUCUCAAUUGAUGAUCAAACAGAGGAAAGACGCAACAAUAUAAGGCGCAUCAAAGAACUGUGUGGAAACAUGCAAGGUAUCAGUGAGGCUGCCGGAUCUUCAAAACGCAAGAGGAACUGAAGGUUCUUUUCAUCAAAACAGGGGGAAAGUAUGUGAAAACACUAAUUUGUUUUGAUAAAAACACCUUCUUGUUUAAACAUUGCUUGAUCAGUUUAAACAUUGCUUCAAUCUCUCUCUUAAUUGUGCUUAUUAUGCUUGAUUAUGCCUAAUUCAAGUAUGACUUUGAGAAUUCUUUUUCUGAAGCGCACACAUUCAGGGGGAACUUAACUAGUUUUGGCUAAAAAUUGUUUUUGGCAAUGAAUUAUUGAUGAGCUC